AUGGCUGAAUACUUGGCAAGCAUCUACGGUACCGAAAAGGACAAGGUCAAUUGCUCUUUUUAUUUCAAGAUUGGAGCAUGUCGACAUGGUGAACGGUGUUCUCGAAAGCACGUGAAGCCAACGUUCUCCCAAACCAUCCUCAUAGCCAACAUGUACAAGAAUCCAGCACAUGAACAACUAUACACGAUACCCCCAGACCAGCUACAACAAGAUUUUGAUCUGUUUUAUGAGGAUGUAUUCAUGGAACUUGCAAAGUUUGGAGAAGUCGAGGAGAUGAUUGUAUGUGACAAUAUUGGUGAUCAUCUUGUGGGCAAUGUAUAUUGUCAAUAUCGAUACGAGGAGGCAGCUGGUAAUGCAGUGGAUAGCUUGAAUGAUCGUUUCUAUGCUGGACGACCAUUGUAUGCCGAAUUGUCACCGGUCACUGAUUUCAGAGAAGCUUGCUGUCGACAACAUGAGAUUGCAGAGUGCAAUCGUGGCGGUUUUUGUAACUUUAUGCACUUGAGGCAUCCUUCAAGAGCACUGAAACGAGAUCUUCAAGAUGCACAACGUCUAUCUGUACGUGAAAAGGAACGAGAAAGUCGACAAAAGCGACGAGAGGAAGAGGAUGAUCGAUACAGCCGGCAUGAUAGUGACCAUCGUCGUUACAAGUAUGAUGAUGAUCGUUAG